AUGGAAGAGGCACGUUAUUACCUUGGGAACGAGUGCUGUGACGUCCUUGCCCUGCCCAUCUUCAAGCAGGAAGAAUCGAGUUUGCCUCCCGAAAACGAGAACAAAAUUCUGCCUUUUCAGUACGUGCUGUGUGCCGCCACUUCCCCCGCCGUCAAGCUCCACGACGAAACGCUCACCUAUCUCAACCAAGGGCAGUCCUAUGAAAUCCGGAUGCUGGACAACAGGAAAAUUGGGGAGCUGCCCGAGAUAAAUGGGAAACUGGUAAAGAGCAUUUUCCGGGUGGUGUUUCAUGACCGGCGGCUGCAGUACACGGAGCAUCAGCAGCUGGAGGGCUGGCGGUGGAACAGGCCUGGGGACAGGAUACUGGACAUAGAUAUCCCAAUGUCCGUGGGCAUCAUUGACCCUAGAGCAAACCCAACCCAGCUCAACACAGUGGAGUUUCUAUGGGAUCCUUCAAAGAGAACUUCGGUGUUUAUCCAGGUUCACUGUAUCAGCACGGAGUUCACCAUGCGGAAGCAUGGAGGAGAGAAGGGAGUACCUUUUCGGGUCCAGAUAGACACAUUUAAGGAGAAUGAGAACGGCGAGUACACAGAGCAUCUGCAUUCUGCCAGCUGCCAGAUCAAGGUCUUCAAGCCCAAAGGAGCUGAUCGGAAGCAGAAGACAGACAGGGAAAAGAUGGAGAAGCGAACACCUCAUGAGAAAGAGAAAUACCAGCCUUCAUAUGAAACUACGAUACUCACAGAGUGUUCUCCCUGGCCAGAGAUAACGUACGUCAAUAACACGCCAUCCCCCGGCUUCAACAGUUCCCACAGCAGUUUUUCCAUUGGCGAAGGCAAUGGCUCGCCGAACCAUCAGCCCGAGCCACCCCCUCCGAUCGCAGAUGUAAGUCACACCUCAGAGCUUAUGCUUGUGAACCUCUUGCCCACCAGCACACCCCAGGAGGCCCAGCAGUGGCUGCACCGAAACCGCUUCUCCACUUUUUCUCGGCUUUUCAGAAACUUCUCAGGUGCAGACUUACUGAAGCUGACCAGAGAAGACGUUAUCCAGAUCUGUGGCCCUGCGGAUGGCAUCAGGCUCUUCAACGCGUUAAAAGGACGGAUGGUGCGGCCCAGACUGACCAUCUACGUGUGUCAGGAGUCCCAGCAGCUGAGGGACCUCCAGCAGAAACACGAGGACGGGGACACAGUAACCAGUACUUUUUUUGUGUACCACGCUAUUUAUCUGGAGGAACUGACGGCGGUGGAGCUGACGGAAAAGCUGGCCCAGCUCUUCAGCAUCUCUUCCCAGCAGAUCAGCCAGAUUUACAAGCAAGGUCCGACGGGGAUACAUGUGCUGAUCAGUGACGAGAUGAUACAGAACUUCCAAGACGAAUCCUGUUUCGUUCUGGACACCAUGAAAGCUGAAACCAAUGAUAGCUACCACAUCAUCUUAAAAUAG